AAAUGAGGUGUAAGGAUGAACACGCUUCCUCUCACCCUCUCAGUCAAAGACCCAGACGGAGUCCUGAUUCGCUACAAGAAGAUCCUGUCCACCUACCAGCGGGUGAGGAGCAUGUCCCGAGCAUUUCAGAUCCACGGGGUGGACAGGAACACCAUGGCCUCCACGUCCCCCAUUGCCGAACUGCUGCUCGUGGCCCCAGAAAAGGUGGCAGAGGUUGGGGAGUUUGAUGCUUCGAAGGAGAAGCUAUUGGAUUACGCUCGGCGGUGCUACAAGACCAUGGACGAGCCGACGCACGCCAAGGUCCAGACCAUGAAGAAGACUCACAAACUGCUGCCCAUCUCCUACAGGUUCAGAAACUGAGCAUUUCAAUUUUCAUUACUUAAGUAGUAAAAACAUAGAAAGUCUAAGUUAGUUAAUUAAAAAAAUAAUUUGUGUUAAGGUUAAUGUUUUUUUUUUCAUUUUCUUUAAUGUGCUUUACCUCAGGAUUUAACUGAAGCCGUACAUUAAAGUAGGUUCAGUAUUACAGAGUCCUUAAUUGUGAUUAUUAAAAUACCUGAAAACACUUUAAAAGUCAGGUGCAGGCACAUACAGUAUGUCAGUGACUGUUAAGGACAGAUCGCUGUAGAGUUUGUUGUAAAAUAGUUUGCUCUGGAGAUUUUUUGGAGAUCUCAGAUGAUUUAUUUCAGCGUCUGUUUUUCUGUUUAUUUCUAAUUCAGUAUUUUCAUUGUUUUGCACUUCACCUUAGUGUGUUAGUUUGUAAACAUAACUUAUUGUAAUAUGUCUUUAAAAAGACCAUAUAAUUUCAUUUAUUUGCACUGUGGUUUAGGUAGGUCAGACAGACACAUGUUGCUGUUCUUUGAGAGUUAUGAUCAUAAUCAAAUGUGGAAUGUCAUAAUACAAAGAAGUAAAUGAUUCUGAACCUG